AUGGCGGGACACCUGGCUUCCGACUUGGCCUUCUCGCCCCCGCCGGGCGGUGGAGGCGAUGGGCCGGGAGGGCCGGAGCCCGGCUGGGUUGACCCUCGGACCUGGCUGAGCUUCCCAGGCCCUCCCGGCGGGUCGGGAAUCGGACCGGGGGUUGGGCCGGGCGCCGAGGUGUGGGGGAUUCCCCCGUGCCCCCCGCCGUAUGAGUUCUGCGGAGGGAUGGCGUACUGCGCACCUCAGGUUGGAGUGGGGCUGGUGCCCCAAGGCGGCCUGGAGACCUCUCAGCCGGAGGGCGAGCGGGGAGCCGGGGUGGAGAGCAACUCCGAGGGGGCCUCCCCCGAGCCCUGCGCUGCCCCACCUGGGGCUGUGAAGCCGGACAAGGAGAAGCUGGAGCAAAACCCCGAGGAGUCCCAAGACAUCAAAGCUCUGCAGAAAGACCUGGAACAAUUUGCCAAGCUCCUAAAGCAGAAGAGGAUCACCCUGGGAUACACUCAGGCCGAUGUGGGGCUCACCCUGGGGGUUCUCUUUGGGAAGGUGUUCAGCCAAACGACCAUCUGCCGUUUUGAGGCUCUGCAGCUCAGUUUCAAGAACAUGUGUAAGCUGCGGCCCCUGCUGCAGAAGUGGGUGGAGGAAGCGGACAACAACGAAAAUCUGCAGGAGAUAUGCAAAGCAGAGACCCUCGUGCAGGCCCGAAAGAGAAAGCGAACGAGUAUCGAGAACCGAGUGAGAGGCAACCUGGAAAGCAUGUUCCUCCAGUGCCCGAAGCCCACCCUGCAGCAGAUCAGCCACAUUGCCCAGCAGCUCGGCCUUGAGAAGGACGUGGUCCGAGUGUGGUUCUGCAAUCGUCGGCAGAAGGGCAAACGAUCAAGCAGUGACUAUUCGCAACGAGAGGAUUUUGAGGCUGCUGGGUCCCCUUUCUCAGGGGCACCAGUAUCCUUUCCUCUGGCACCAGGGCCCCAUUUUGGUACCCCAGGCUACGGGGGCCCUCACUUCACUACGCUGUAUUCCUCAGUCCCUUUCCCUGAGGGUGAAGGCUUUCCCUCUGUGCCUGUCACCACUCUGGGCUCUCCCAUGCAUUCAAACUGAGGUGCUGGCCCUUCCCAGGGUGGGGGCCAGAGGAAGGAGGAGAGCAAGGGAAAGAGAACCUGGGCUUUGUACCAGGGCUUUGGGAUUAAGUUCUUCAUUCACUAAGAAAGGAUUUGGGAACACAAAGG